AUGUCCGGUCCUCCAUCACCGUUGAUAGAGAAUUACUUGCGAGAAGCGGGUUUUUGGCACGUGGCCACUAUAGGCCGAGGGUGCAAGUUGGACCCGAAACUCAUCAGCGCGUUGAUAGAGAGAUGGAGACCUGAGACACACACAUUCUAUCUUCCAUGCGGAGAGUGUACCAUCACUUUGGAAGACGUGCAAUUACAAUUUGGAUUGCUGGUGAAUGGGUUCACACUCACCGGGUCCGUUCAAUCUGCUGAUUGGGGAGCCGUAUGCUACGAUCUUUUGCGUGCGAUUCCGGAUAAUAUUUAUGGAGGUUGGAUCGAGAUGGGCUGGUUACGAGACACAAUCCCAGAGCCGGGGAAUGAUUCGACUGAAGUAGAAAGAAUACGAUAUGCUCGAGCAUACAUUCUUGAGAUGAUUGGAGGUUAUCUGAUGUUAUACUUGUCACGAAACCUCGUAAUCUGA